AUGUCUGUAAUUAUUUCAGAAAUAGUGCCCGGCAUAUUCAGUUAUGUUAGUGGUGAUAUAAUGGGAACUUUUGAAUCAUUAAAACUUGCACGUUUACAUUCUACUACACGUCGAACACCUGCUCCAGCUACUUGGUCUUAUAAACAAAAACAAAAUAAAGUUAUAAAAAUCAAACAAGAAGUACGGAAGGUAAAGUAUGAGCCAAAAAAGGUGUGUCAAAAUGAUAAUAGUUCUGGAUCUUUGGAUAUGAUUGAACACGGCGAAGAAAUAAAUCAUGACGUGGAAGAGGAGGAGAUUGAAAUAAAUGGAGAAUUAAAAUUGGAAAAUGUUCAAUUAGAAAAAACUAAGAUUCCUGGGGAUGUUAUGCAUUUUAAUAUUAUGAUUAAAGAUAUGGAUAAUAUCAAUCGGCUUUAUAAUUUAUAUUCAAUUAAAAUUCCUGUACGUUCAACUGGUAGCGAAGAUGUUUUCCGAUUUAUAGAGGCCCUUUUAAAUUUGAGAAAUAUUUUAAUUAUCAACUUGACAAUAUUAUAUCAUUCUCCCAAAACUAGAUCUCUAAGGCUUAAAAAGUCGAGUUCAACAGUAUCUUCUGAAGAAGAUUAA